AUGUCUGGACUUUCGGAUCCGGGGUCGAGUGUCUACGACUCGGCCACGAUGCACGUGGGAGACGGAACAUGGGAUUCGCAGCGCAACACUUUUCUGCUGCCCAACUUGCAAGGCCCAAACUUUGAGACGAUGCGAUUGAAUGGCAUGGGCAAUCGUUUUCGUAGCAUGGCCGGCUACAAGGCUCUCAUCACAGCGCACGGCGUUUUAGCUGCCAUUGCUUUCCUGUUCGUGAUACCGGCAGCUAUCUUUAUGGCUAGCUUCUACCAUCGGAACCCGCGAACCGCAUUGCGAGUCCACAUCUGGUUGCAAGUGCUGGCAGUUCUUCUCUCGACUGCUGCCAUCAUCUGCAGCUUCCAGGCUGUCGGCCUCGAAAGAUCCCUGACCAACCCGCACCACGGUAUUGGCGUUGCGCUAUAUACUCUUGUCAUGGUGCAAGCUCUAGGUGGCUCUGUCAUACACAGACUAGAGAAGGGCAAGGAACGGUUCAAGAUUCCUCUCAAACUUAUGAUCCACCAAUGGCUAGGCCGUACUAUCGCACUCCUUGGAAUUGCCCAGGUUCCCCUGGGGUUGACUCUCUACGGAUCACCGCUAGCUUUGUUCAUCCUUUUUGCCAUAUGGACGUUCAUCCUAGUGGUCCUCUACUUCGUCCUUUCGUACAGGACCCAACCAGAGAUGGACUUUGACGAUCGUAGCACCUACGUAACCGACAUGACCUACAGUACCAGGAGAAGCCGGCGGACGAGUAGAGGGCCUGGCGUUGGAAAGCUUGCAGCAGCCGGUGCAGCCGGUGCAGGAUUAGCCGCGCUGGGGUCAAGAAGAUCUCGAAGCCGUACUCGCAGCCGACGUGGCGGUACAGUGAUCAGUUCACGACCUGGCUCUCGUUCUCGGCGUGAUUCACGUUCUCGUGUCGCCGACUCUGAGUUCACGGAAUCCUACUUGAGCGACGAAAAAUACGGUGGUGAUCGCAACAAGGGUUCCACAUGGAAAGAUCGUCUUUUAGGAGCCGGUGCCGCGGCUGGAGGCAUCUUCGCCGUGAAGAAGCUGUUCACUCGCAAGCCGAAGCAUCCUCCAACAGAGACAGGAAGCGAUUUCAGUUACAGCCGCCCAGUUGAACCCUCCGAAGUCACCCAGACCGACCUUUCUAGACUUGAAGAAGGAAGAGCGCCUGAGUCUCCAGCAAACCGUCGUGACAACUGGCGUCGUGACAAUCCGCAAGCAUCGGCAAUGUCUGGAAGUAAUCUACGGAGUGGUCAUCGUCCAGCUGGAAGUGUAACAUCGAUCGACUCUUUCGAUAGUCGGACCAGUCUUAGCGAAGAGACCGAGAUGAGACCUAGGGAUCGAUCAUAUGGACUUAAGGAAGGAGUCGCUUCGCUUGGUGUGGUUGGUUUCCUGAAGCAUUCUCUGAGCCGACGCAGUAAGAAGAAGGAAGACGAGCGUGUGGAAGAGAUGAGGCAACAGGAUGAAGAAGAAGAACGCAUCGCUCGCAUGAACAGCCAACGUCGUAAGAAAUACACGGGCGACGGAACGCCGAGAGGCAACAGACCGCCAUCUACUAUUCUGUCUGACAGCGACAUGACCGGUAUUACACCUUCAGUGGCACCACGUCCACCCAGACCUAUGGACUCUACCGUCACGCCCAACCCUAGUCGCCCUCCUCGCGCUGGUGUAUAUAGUGUCCUGUCCGACUCUGGAUCCGAAGCCUAUGACUCUCCUGGAGGCCGUCACCAUAGCCGACGUCGCACCGGAGACAAUCCUGUGCUGCCCGCUGGUGCGGCUGCAGCAGGCACGGUGACUUCUGCUGGAUCUCCUUCUAAGAAAGAGCGCCGCGGUAGUAGAGACGACGUGGCAUCUCCUCCUGUAUCAGUGAAAGUCAAGAUGCACAAUGACGGUCGGCAUGUCACCCUACGACGACUAAACGAAGAAGAAGCAGCAGCAGAACGUGAGGCAAGGAGGAAGGACCGUCGAAAGAACCGCGCUGGUAGUGUCAGUUCACUGAGUGGCGUUGGAGGAGACCACUGGCGCAGGACGGAAGCCAUGGAGGCAGCACAGGCACAAGAGAUGGCACAGCAAUCUGGAGUGCCUCCGCCAAUGCCCAUGCCUAGUUCGAGCACCUUACGCAUGCCCGAGGCCAACAUUCCUCCUCCUCCACCAGGUCCACCACCGAUGUUCGGUAACAACCAAAACCUAUCUCCGGACUACGGCAACAUCCCACCUCCUCCGCCGAUCCCAGCGGCGGACACUGUUUUGAGCGGUAGUCCUAUCUACGGCAAUGGCACGGAAACGGACCUUAGUAAUUACGAUUCCAACAGGCGUAGGCGGAGAGCAGAGCGCGCACAGGCUAAGCAAGCUAGGUUAGGAGGAAGUCGCGUUGAGUUUUCAUAA